AUGCAUUUUACAAUCCCGCCGGCUGUUCAGAAGUUUUUGGAUGACUUGGAUAAGAAGCUUCAUGAACCGAAUGUGUUCACCGACGCCUUGAACACCAUCGAAACUUCAGUGGGGAUAAAACGUUUGCACCUUGUCGUUGGCAUGAUACUUAUACAUGCUCUUUACCUCGUUAUCGGAUACGCUGCUGAGUUGUUGUGCAACACGAUUGGCUUCUUGUAUCCGGCAUAUAUGUCAAUAAAAGCAGUUGAAAGUGCUCCAAAAGAAGAUGAUACACAUUGGCUCACUUACUGGAUUAUCUUUGCACUUUUUAAUGUAUUCGAUUUCUUUUCGUCCACAGUUACGAAAUAUUUCCCCGUAUACUGGCUUGUUAAGUGCGCUUUUCUUUUGUGGCUUUAUCUGCCUAUGACAAUGGGGGCACAAAAAGUAUAUCAGAAUUUCGUGAAACCAUUUAUGUUAAAACACCAGAGUACCAUUGAUAAACGCUUUGGAAGCCUCGCGGCAGAACAUGUGGUAGGAAGCACCGAUAACACUGCAGAGAAGGAAUUCGAACAACACGUCAAGCCAAAUUAA